AUGUCGAAUUUUGCAGCACGAACGGUGCGAUGUAGAAUCGCCUCUUUUCGACCACGAUGGGCAUGUGAUCGAUUGCGCUUCUCCACCUCCACGCGUCGGCCAUUGAUGGACCUCGCCGGCUUCAGCGAAGAGCAACUCAUGGUCCGCGAGGCCAUCUCAGCCAUUACAGCCAAAUUCCCAAACACGUACUGGCAGGAGUGCGAUCAAAAUGAGCGCGAUCCGAAAGAGUUCCAUGCCGCAUUAGCCAAGGAUGGAUGGCUCGGAAUCGCCUUGUCGGAGGAACUGGGAGGUGCAGGACUGGGCGUCUCCGAAGCGACAAUGAUGAUGCAAACCAUCACUCAAUCCGGAGCUGGGAUGGCUGGUGCGCAGGCAAUUCACGCAAACGUGUAUGCCACCCAACCGCUGGCCCGGUUUGGCACCAAAGCCCAACUGGAAGAGACAAUCCCCAAGAUUAUCAACGGGACCUGGCGGACCUGCUUCGGUGUCACCGAGCCCAACACUGGCUUGGAGACUCUGAAGCUGAAAACCUCUGCCACCAAAACUGCCGCUGGUGAUGCGUACUCCGUUACGGGGCAAAAGAUCUGGAUCACCUGCGCGCAGGUUGCAUCAAAAAUGAUACUGUUGGCCCGCACGACUCCCAUCGAGGAAGUCAAGAAAUCUACACAGGGGCUAUCAAUGUUCUGUAUUGACCUGAACCGAAGCACAUCCGGCCUUGACAUGCGCAGAAUCAAGAAGAUGGGUGGUCGUGCCGUGGACGCGAACGAGGUCUUCUUCGACAACUACCAGAUUCCGGCAAGCACGCUUGUAGGGCAGGAAAACGAAGGGUUCGGAAUUAUCCUCCAUGGAAUGAAUGCAGAACGGUGUCUGCUCGCCGGUGAAGCUCUAGGCCUGGGUUAUGCAGCGCUCGAACGCGCAGCACAAUAUGCCAACGAUCGGGUGGUGUUCGGUCGUCCCAUCGGACAGAACCAGGGCAUUGCGCAUCCGCUGGCGGAUGCUUAUAUGAAGUUGGAAGCGGCCAAGUUGGCGACAUAUCACGCGGCAAAACUGUACGAUGCCUCUCAAACGGAUAGCUCUAUUCCCUUCCAUUCGGUCGGGGUCGCCUGCAACAGUGCCAAAUACCUUGCAGCUGAAGCCGCGUUCACCGCGUGUGAGCGUGCGGUUCUGACACAUGGAGGCAUGGGAUAUGCCAUGGAAUAUGACGUGGAGAGAUACUUGAGAGAGUGUCUAGUCCCACGGAUUGCACCAGUCAGUCGAGAGAUGAUAUUGAAUUAUAUUAGUGAGAAGGUACUGCAGUUACCCCGGAGCUACUGA